AUGGAAACGGCAUACUAUAGUAACCGAAAGCUAGACGAUGAGGCCUUGAUGACAUUCGUGGUGGAAGCCGAAGCGAUAGUCAAUAGUCGCCCACUCACGUAUUUGCCGCUUACAUCAGUGGAAGACGAAGCCCUUACACCGAACCACUUCCUCCUAGGCAACUCUAGUGGUGUUCGACAACCAGUGGUGGAGGUAUCAGAUUCAGCGAGUGCUCUUCGAUCGAAUUGGAACCAUAUCCAACAUCUACUAGACAUAUUCUGGCGCAGAUGGACCAGGGAGUACCUCCUAACGCUGACUAGACGUCCGAAGUGGUGCGGCGAAGCGAAACCCAUUGUUGAGGGGCAGCUAGUGCUUGUGGUAGGCGACGGUAGAAGAAAUGAGUGGACCAGAGGCCGUAUAAUUCAGACGAUAAAAGGUUCAGAUGGGAGAAUUCGGCAAGCUAUAAUACAAACUGCGAGGGGGCUUGUGCGCAGGCCAGUGGCCAGACUGGCGGUAUUAGAGGUUGAAGAGAGUGGUAAAACUGAACCUGGUGGCCAGUAUUACGGGGGAGAGGAUGUUGAUACUGGCAGCACUUCGGGUAACGGCAUGAAACGUACGACCAUCGAUGGCAGCCAACAUUAG